GACUGUCACACAUAGUCAUUUUCCUUCAAGAAAAUACUCAAAAUAUACAUCCUUUGUAUCGCUUCACCUCUUUCAAUUAUUUUUUCUCUCACACUGAGAACAUGCAAAGACAAUCCUUAGGCUCGCCUACCUCUAAGCUCCAUAGCCAUGGAGGAGAAGAGAUUACCGGAGCAAUCGUCGACGACGAUGACCGCCGCAAAGACAGCAAGUCUCGCCGAUUGACGUUUUCGGCUUCUUCUUCUUCGUCGUCGCCGUUGUUGUUGCCGUCGUCUCCUAAGUCUGAGAAGCUCAUUCAUCUCAUUCCUGUUCUUACUCUCCUUUGCUUCCUCAUACUUUACUUAAAUUCUCACAGUCCUUCGCAAUCUGAUUUGGCAGCUUUUAAUGGAUUCAAGCAUUCCUCAAAGCAUUUAGAUUCACGUGAAAUCGGCGAGGUAAGCCGAUUUAUGGAGUUCCGGAGAGGCGAUGUUUUGGCGAUUCGAAGCCAAAGGAACUUGCAAGAACUCGAUAAGUACAUCGUCAAGUCUCGGCCACACCGGAAAGUCGCCGAUUUCUAAGCGGCGUACCGUCGGUUCAUCUCUCUCUCUCUUUCCGCCGUUGUUUCGUUUCAUGCUCUAGCUAACUAUAAGUCCACACGUGCCGGUCAUACUUGCACGUGCGAGGCAUUUUUUUGUUUGCACAUGUAAAUUUAAAUUGCAUGUUAAUUUGUUA